AAAUAAAAAAAACACAACCGAUGACGACUUGACUCCACCUCAUGGUGCCAUUUAGCAACAGAUGAGCAACGUUACAUUUUGGGCAGCCAGAGACAAGCAUUGCCAUCGCCGGGAGGAAUACUUCUGACUGUGUAAUGUUUGUCAGGGUCGCGCCCCUUGCACCGUAGCUGGGCAGUGUUUUAGCGGCUUCCUCAUCAAAACCGCGCGUGUUAUAGCUGACAGUGACUUUCUGUGGUGGAUCGCUAUGGAUGUGCUGUGGAUGAUACCGCUGCUGCUGAUACCAGUCCUGAUGUGGACCAGCAGCACGUUUGUUUUUUAUUUCAAAAAGUGCUUUUACGUCGCCUGGAUGAUGUGUUUGGCCCUGAUUACGAUUCCUCUGUGUAUAUUGAAAAGCGGAGGCAGAGACGUUGAAAACAUGAGGAUUAUCCGCUUCAUGGUUCGUCAUGUGAAGUAUUUCCUGGGUCUUCGAUUUGAAGUGAGCGGUUGGGAGCAUCUGCAGACACAGGGACCCUAUGUCAUCAUCUCCAACCACCAGAGCUCCCUGGAUGUUUUGGGCCUGAUGGAGAUCUUACCAGACCGCUGCACCAUGAUUGCCAAGAAGGAGUUGAUCUACGCUGGCACAGUAGGUCUCAUUUGCUGGCUGGGCGGCAUCGUCUUUAUCAACCGCAAGAAGACAAGUGAUGCCAAGAGUGUCAUGACUGACGCUGCCAAAACCAUGUUGGACGACCAGAUUCGUCUGUGGGUGUUCCCAGAGGGAACGCGAAACCAGAGAGGCGACCUGCUGCCCUUCAAAAAAGGGGCUUUCCACCUGGCAGUGCAGGCACAAGUACCCAUCAUACCCAUCGUUUUCUCCUCCUACAGCAAUUUCUACCUACGGAAAGAAAAACAGUUCAAAUCAGGGACCAUCAGAUUGAAGAUCCUUCCAAAGAUUGAGACAAAGGGGAUGACGUCAGAGGACAUAUCAUCCCUCUCUGAGAAAUCCUUCAACCUGAUGCGCUCUGCCUUCCUGAACAUCUCUGACUCCGUAACCCAGAGCAACGGGCCGUUGAGGCACUGAACAUUUACCAUACUCCCACCUCUUUAUCUCCGAUGUCCCUGUCUGAGACCCAUUCCUCCCCCUGCCCUCCCCACUCUCCCCAGGUUGUCCCAUUACCUGGCCAGGAAACAACAUGACACAGGUCUCUUGUCAUGAAAUCUCUUCUUGUCUAGUUGACGCCUGGUCCAGUCCGCCUCUGGCCUGACCAUACAGCACAGUCAGUCCCGACCCUCACUGUGUCUGCAGCAGCACCAGCAGCAGCGCUGCUCUGCACGCCGUGAGCGGAGUGACGGACGGCAAGCCGAACAGUAUGGAUGUGUGUUGUUCUUCAUGCAUGCCUUUAGGAUGGCUCUGUCCACCUUCAUCGUUGCUUUGUUCUUUGGCUUUGGAAGCCUGGCUUUGUUAUUGUCUUACUUUAUCACCAUUUUGUACCUUUUUGUUUGGGGGGGGGCUUUUCCUCCCCUUUUUUCUCCGUCUGCCUUCUGUUCCUUGGUAUUUUCUCUUUGCUGUUUUCAGUGGAUAUUCAUGUGUUCCUCUCAUGCUGCUUUUGUUUUAAUUAUCUUUGGACGCUUAUGCACACACAUAUUCAAAGUACCCCAUCUCCUUCCUUUCUUUCCUUUUAGAGUGUUCUCCCCCUUUCUGCAUUCCAGGCUCUUGCCUAAAGACAAAAGGAGCGGGGUCUCCACGAGAGGUGGAGUGUGUGGAGGUGAGAGGUCGACACUGGGUGACCGUGGACUUCUUUAGUUCUGACGCUAUGAAUUCAACUCUAUCCAUAUUGGCUCUUCAACUCAAUGACCAAUAGCUCCAUGAUGUCAGAAAGCAAGGAAUUCAAGGUUACAAGAUACAGUGUAAAACAAUAGCACCCGUCUGUACUGAUUAAUGGACUUAAGUGGACUGAUCAGUUUUCAAUGUUGUGCAUUGUUGGUGCAUUCUUUCAGUUUGUCUCCAAAAGAUUAGAAAUAACCUGUGUGCAGCAUUGAGCAGCAAGUGUCUUCUCGCUGUAUUCUGUAUUUUUGUUUUCUAUUUAUUUUUACAUCGGUUCAUCUUGUUUUUAUGUGUUUUUUUGUUUGUUUUUUUUGUUUGUUUUUUAGAAGUGAUCACACGUUUUUGCCCCUCGGACGGAACUCACAAGUGAACCUAUUUUAAGAUGUGUCAAAAAGGGGAUUUCAUAUUGUGCAAUGUCAAACUGUGUUAGUUCCAAAGUGCAAGCUACCUGCUGUGCCAUGACAAAAGUCAUUAUUAUUUUACUGGCCCGCUAAAUCAGUCAUCCACUGACUGAUUUAAUUUUACCAAUGAUAUAAUUUCCCUUUACCAAUGAUAUAAGGUAGUUCUUGCUGUAGGAAAGAGGGUUAAACUUAUAUCAAGCAUUUUUUGAGUUGAUCUGAUUUUAUUUGUUCUGAUUAACUUGAAGAUUCUCUAAUUACUGACAAACCUGGCAUACUCAAGUCUACAUCUCAGAAGGGUUUAAGGGUUGUCCCUGUUUUUUAAUCACUAUGAAAGUGAAUAACAUUGUUUUUGUUGUGAUGUCCUGAUUCAGUUAUUACUUAACCUCACAGGAGAAUAUUAGAUUAUUUAAAAAGUUGUGGAAAUUUUGGCCUUAAGUUUGAUUGGUGGUUGUUGUUGCACAUUGGCUUGUUUGGCUAGUUUGCUUAUGAUCAAUUUAUGUUUUGUAAUAUGUGCUGACAAUGACUUAUAACCAUAUAGAACUGACUGAACUGUUUUAGUUUACAUCCAGGUCUUACAUUUCACAUUGCUCACUGCCUUUACACUGUUUGCAAAGACACAUAUUUCGCCGCUUUCGCUCAUCAAACGCCAUCUGAGAAUGUAUUUCAGCAGGAUAUUUGUGUACUACUAAUUGCAUCUUAUUGUUUUAUUUUUAGUUACUGUAUUAAAGUGGGAUGUUGUCUGGCAUACACUUAGCAUCAAAUCUAGGAAAUGUAUUUAUUUCACCAUUAAAUGUUAAAUUUAGACUGACUUAUUGAGCACACAAACCUGAAGAGAUCAUCUUGUGAAUGGAUUUAUCAAUACUUUGGUACUGAGUCUGUACACUGCUGGCUGAGUGCAGCAGUAGUUUUAGUGAUACCUGCUGGGCUCUCGGCUUUAAGUACAUGUGUGAUGGUCAAGGUUUCAUUGUUCAUGUUUAAUGCCAGUAUGGAAUUAUAUGCCCCUACUACAGUCAUACUAAUUGAUCAAAUUCUGUUUUUUAGUUUGAAUAUUGACUGUUUUCUUAUCUGUAAGAGCCGAUUUUACCUUUUGCAGCAAGUGGUUUGAAUGUUAUGAAGUACUCUACCAAAUUUAUUUCUUCCAAAAUAUGAACUAUACCAUAAAAACUUUGCUAAUGGAGUGUUUAGUCCAUUUAUUUCCUGUUCAGUUCUCAGUUAUUUUGUAUACAAAAGUGUGAAUUGUAAGCUUCGUAUCAUGAGCUUGACCUGGUGGCUAAUAGGCUCUGCAAAAACCCUGCUGGUUGGUUUUGGGCAGUUGUUUACGAACUGUAAGAUGUUGGAAAAGAUUCAAAGUAUUCUGAACCUUAAUAAAGCACUUUUCAUGCUGAGUUUGGGUGGAAAAAUGAAGGACUUAAAGUUUUCUCUGAUUUUCACCAAAGCUAUUAAAGUGUAAUUGGUGGUAGCUUUAGAUGAACAGAGCUGACAUCCUGCAGAGCCUUGUAUGUGUGUGGUCCCUUAUUGUAUUUGUGUGUAAAUAUGCACACAUGGUAUAGACGCCCAUUAUGGCAUCUGGUUAAUAUUGAUGAUGUAGUGUUCUUGAUUUCUCCUAUUCUGGGUAAACGUGAAUGCCUUGCAAAAGAAUAAAAAUUUUUUUUUUUUCUUA